GGUAUUUCCUCAAAGUAACAGCAUUGCGCUCGUGUAAUGCAUGAAACCCUGACGUUAGGGGCGUCAGCUUUGUUCAUGGGUUUCUUUCCGGAGGUCAACGGUCAAACCCUGGUACUGACUGAGAUCAUUUUAUUGGGCUGGGCUGAAACUCUGGCAGCUUAAAGUAAGGUUAUAAACAACGCACUAGCUAGCUAAGACAUUUACCUGACCAGUCCUUUUCAACGAGAUGUUUUUGACACUUUUAGUAUCUUCCCAACCAAAUAAAAACCGAAAGCAAGCCAGUGCAUCCUACAUGAGGAAAGGAGGUUUAUGAAACAGCCAGAAUGAAUAAAUAUGAGAAAAGCUAGACAAUGAAUACAUUAGGCUGGUUGUUGCAAAGACCACACAGCGAAAACAACAACAGCCAACAUGGCCAAGGCAGCCAGGAUUUUGAAGAUGGGGUACCUCGAGAUGAAGCUACCACAGAAAAAGGGCACUUGGCAGCUGAAGUGGUGUAUCUUCUGCAUCCUUGAUGACAACUCAACAUCUUUUCUGGACUAUUUCUCAAAUGAGGAGUCCUUUCGCAAGGGAGGAAAAGUCGCCAGCAUUCGCCUCGAUGCCAAAGACAAGCUGUCUGUGAUAAUGGACCAGAAGAUGAAACAAAACUGUCUGAUGGUAGACAAUGACAAGGGACCAUUUGGCUUCUACCAUAAGGACCCAAUGCAGAUGGCCCAAUGGCAGAAGGUGUUUCUUUUCUGCCUGACUCCAGGAGAAGGGGUGGACUUGUCCCAGCUGAGUGCAGGUCCAGGCACACCUCUCCCUCCUCUGCCCCCAACAGGAGACAGCGAUGGUGCUCCCCCAGUUCCACCCAUCCCCCCAGGUCAUCCAAUGAAUGCCCCCAGGCUCCCUGGGGCCCCCUCACCGCCCCCCUACCCUGGGGGUCAGCCCCUCCCCGCCGCUCUCUCUGGAUUGCCCCUUCCUCCCCUCCCCACUAUGUCCAUGAGUGGACCUCCCCUACCACCACUGCCCACCUCAGAACAUAACUAUGAAGAAGGCGUCAUGUCCAUGUUCAAAGUGGCUGUUGAGGACACCAUUGACUCCAAGCGUCUGGGCCUUUCUGGAGAAUACUACUUAGUCAUCUCCCCGGAGGAGAUUGUGGUGAUGGAGCGAAAACAUGGCAAGGAUGGAAACAUAGCGGAGAAGGAAGUUCUGACAUGGAAGCUGACCACUCUACGUCGUUUCUUCAUGACCGUUAUCCCGGGGGAGAAAAGUGACCAACUGCUGUCCAUUGAGUCUGGCAGGCGUUCCAGCACAGGUCCGGGGGUUUUUCAGUUCUUCACAGCAGAAGGGGAUGAGCUGUACUCCUGCAUCCGUCAGUGUGCCAUUAAAGGCCUGGAGAUGAUCAAGGCAAGGAAGGCUGCUACAGGCGGCCAGCAGCAGGGCAUGCCACCACCCCAGCAGCCUGGGCCACCUGUACCAGGCCCACGACCGCCCGGGCCGAGACAGCCCGGGCCGCCGGGGCAAAGGCCGGCUGGACCACCUGGACCCAGGCAGACUAGGCCACCAGGGCCGAGGCAGUCGGGGCCCCCCGGCCCGCGACAGCCUGGCCCGCCUGGCCCACGACAGCCUAGGCCACCUGGCCCACGGCAGCCUGGCCCCCCUGGGCCAAACCAGGCUGACCCAGGGAAGGCCCCACAGACUACUCAAGGUCCACCCACCACCCCUCGAGGUCCGAACAACAACAACCAGCCGCAGCAGGCGAACGCAAACGCUCCCAACCAGAAGGCAGCCGCCAAACAGCCUCCCAAACCGGCUGAGGGAACCCCGCCUCCGCCGCCUAAGGCUCUGGACAGGGCAGAGGAACUCAAGGCUAAGGGAGUUAUCAUCGACGAUGGGAUGAACCCUGUGUAUGGACAAGGUUUGGCUCCACUACCCCCAGAUGAUGAAGUUGAUGAGAGCAACAAGUCCAAGCCUGACCAAAUCAAGCCUCCGAUGGGCCACACCCGCAACGCCAGCAACGUCAGCAACCUCAGCUUCGACCUGGACCCAGAGUUCGUGGCCAAGGCCAACCUGGUGACUGCCAACUGUAAGACUGAAGAGGACUUGGAUGGACUGGAGCAGGAGUUUGAUCUGAUGAAGCUGCUGCAGUCCAGCGUCACCACCAUUGAGAAGGAUUGCUACCAAGGCUCGAAGUAACCACCUGCGAUAGAGUGUUUUCACAUGAUGUCAUUGCUGCAUCUGCUGCCAUGUUGGUGUCCCUAUUUGAAUUUUAGUGAAGAAUCAUAAGUCAAGCCUUUUUGGACAUUUUAAGAUCUUCUGACCAUUCCAAGUAACAGCUCAAAGAGAGUUUGCAUUAGGAGUCCCCACAAUGCUUUGUGUUGAAUGCAGAAGAACCCCAGGGACCCUAUAUUUAAUGCUUCAUGGCAAUUAGGCAAAAUUUGGUCGCCUCACUACAAAUCCUGUGAGUAAGAUGUCUUUCCUUAUUAAUGUUGAAAAAUCCAAAUACACUGCCCAGCCUUACAAAAAAAGAACAUGCAGACCCUCUGCAAAGAAGAGAUACAAAAAAAGACAAAAAUUUAAAGCUUGAGCUACCAUUGCUUUUUGGAUAUUGUACUCCUCAUAUAAUGCUAUAUGUCCUCCUAUUAUGAUCUUGUAUGUAAAUUUUAACAAAUUAUACAAAAUGCAAUCAAGCCUAAUAAUUCAACCUCCCAGGAGCAACUUGGCUGUAAAGAAAUGACUCAUUCUCUACUAUUACUAAAUGCAAAUAGGGACACCAACAUGGCAGUCAGCACCGGCCUGCUUCAUUGACGUCGAAAGAGAGUGAAAACACUAUAUUUGCAAAGGAAACCUUGAGGAGUGCAGAUAAACAUACAAGCAACUUAAAAUUAUGUAGGCCCAAUAAUUUGAGAGGCUCUGAGUUGUAUGUACCACAUGUAGCCAUAUAGCAACAAAACAAAGCCGUCACGGCUUAGUAGCUUGCAGACAUUUGCCUUUCUUAGUUCUUCUUGUGAUGUCCUUUAAAACACAAUAUGAUGAGAGGAUGCUUUUAAGCAUAUCAUUGAUUGAUAAUUAUUUGCAAUCAUGUAAAGCACAUUUUUUAGAGUGUGAAAUCUGUGCGUGAUUAUGAUAUAGGCUUCAACUAAACCAAGAAGUUUAUAGAGAGUAUUGAUAGUAGGGGAGGGACAUAAUGGCUUUAGUAUUUGCAUUAAGACAUAAAUUUUAAGAACAUUUUCUGACAGUGAAUGUUUUUUUAGAAAAAAGGACUUUGAGCCUUAGCUCUGUCAUUCUGACACUUUAUAUUGUCCUGGGACACUGGAAAGAAAUAGACCAAUUGAAAAAGAUUCUUAAUCAAAGAAAACUGUUUUACCAUUCAUGGUUAUUUGGCAAAAAAUGAAAAGUCAGAAUGGAAAGUCAUAGAAAAACAAAUUAAGGUGAACUACACUUAAAUUCAUUGUUCGCUCUACCAUGGUGUGUUUCCAACUUCUUGGAUGUCUAAUAUUUGUUGUAUUUGUGAUAUGGUUUGGAUAGUCAUGUUGCGUUUACGUUAUAGACAGUUUUAGAUUUUAAGAUGUUAGCUUUGCAUAAAUCAGAGAAGUUACAAACUUCUACUGCCCACCUAGGCAUGCAAGUUUUUUAACGGUGUUGUUUGUAGAUUUAGUUUUGUGAACUUUGAUGUAAGAAAGAACUAUGAUAACUGCCAUUGUUUUCUCAAUACAGCAUCAUUAGAACUCAAGCUCAGCAACUUUUUCCUUCAGUAUUGCCACCAUAAUGCUGACUUGGUAGUCUGAGUUAUUGUACAGUGUAGCACAACUACACCCCUGGUCAGAAUGUACCCAGGUUCAAUUUAGACAGGGGUGUAUUUUAGCCUGCUUCACCUGUUUUGUGGCAUUAUAAUUCCAGUUAACUGAAAUGAUGACAUGGCAUGGUAUGCAAUGCUGUACAGAGUAACUUGAAAUGAUAAAGGGCUUUUUUUGGUUCAUGUAAAAUGCAUUAGAAACUUCAGUUGUAUGUGAAAACGUUCAAUUCAAUAAUUUCAAUAAUUGAUUAUAUUACAACCUGUAGUGAUUGAGUAGCGUGGUACUUGCUGUAAUGUGCAUUAUAUGUUGACUUCAGUUUUGUCAUGAAAUCAAUAAAGAUUUCUCAUAUGUGUCACACAGGACAGGUGCUUUAUUGCCAAAUGCAUUUAUUGUUUUCACAGCCUACAGGUAAAGCACAACAUCAAGAAACCCCCAGUUGCAGCAAGGUUAAUUUUAGAAACAAUUGUAUGCCACCCAAAAUAUGGCAAAAAAUGACAUCGGUUAAGUCCAAGCAACCAUGCCAUGCACAAAAGUCACUGAUAGGAACAUGCUAUGCAUCAUCUAGUCAAAGAUGGUCUGUAUUUAUUAAUUUAUUUAUUCACUUAAUGUAGUAUCGUAGCCAGUAAGUACCCAAACUGAGUAAUGAAGCUGUUUAUUUACGUACUCGAUGUACCUCCUCGAACACACUGUCAGGACCCCCAUUAGAUGUCCCUUCCAAAAGAUGAGUGCAAUCCCUUACAACAUGUCUGAUCUCAGCCGACCCUAGGAUUGAACUCAGGCCCAUGGAUUCGGAUCCAGUAUUCCAUGCCAAUCAUCAUUUGCUCUUCUGAAAAUGUUCUUUGGUUGUUGGAAUUGACUCAUGUUGACACAAUUGCUCAAUAUAUUGGGUGUUUUCAAAAAUAUACAAUACACACAACUCUUCAACUUCUCUUGGUUUUAUUUGUUCCCAAUCAGUGCUAUAUCUAGUACAAGUAAUCAUUCAGAAAUUCUGAUUUCAGAACUAAAUAUUAAACUUCGAUGACUUUAAUAUGGGGCCUUUUCUUUACACUUGCCAGCAGUUCUUGGGGGAAAAAGUCACACAAACAUUUAUGUCAUUUAUCAUGAUAUAGACAAUGUUAUGAUGAUUAACAAUCCGAUGAAGUUCUAUUCAUAUGAGACCAUCAUUCUUCUUCUUUUCAAAAGCAAAAUCUGGAUGCUUCAGACAUAUUUGCAGCAUUUGUUUCACUUGUAACAAACAUUCCAUCCAGAUUUUUUUGUGACGAAAUAUCUUGACGAAACCUCCUUUGGAAUACACAGUAUUUAACAUUAACAUAGAUCAGUGAUGUAGUAAUCAUCAUACUUUUUUAGCUAUAACAACUUUGUAUUUACCGUUUACAUAUUGGGAAGCCCCCUUUCUAAUUGGUUACAAUGCAUCAAUUAAGUACUAAGAUACAACAGUUUAGAAACUGCAAAACAUGAUUAGCUAUUUCUAUAAAACUGUUACAUGGUAACAAUUUAGACAAUACAUAUUGUUCAACAUGUCCUUUCAAAUUAAUGAUCAUCUUAACAUAGUUUCAAACUGAUCAUUAAUAUUCAGUUCUUAUUUACUUUUUCCAAACAAAAUGACAACUUGUCAAUUGUCCCACAAUCACAAUAAUGUAAUCCUUGCAGUUUCUGUAUAGUACCAAGUUGAAAAUCUAAGUGUGGUAGAUACUUGUUACAUUUUGCUGAAUACAUCAUCAAAAGUGAUACAAUAGUACAACAGAAUGUCACAUCACACAAAAACACAACAAAACACAAAGCUCAGAGUCAGAAUAAGACAGUUUAGGACAGAUACUUGCAACCUCUACAUUUUUCACAACAACAGGGUACAACCAAAGGAGAGCUAUAGAAGAACAACAAGAACACAGUAAACAAGCAGAAAGGCAUGUAACUUCAAAAUUCAAGUGUAACUCUACUUGGCUCUAAUGGAAUUUUUAUCAGUCUUCAUUACAUCAUUUUUACUACUGUUCACUCAUUCUAUUGAGGGAUGAAAAUUCUUACUGUCAAACAUGUACAAGUGACCAUCUCUACAUAAGAACCAACUGGCUAAUGUGACCACAUUUUUGUGAUCCCUUAGAAAAUUUUCCCCACUCAUUUUAAGAAUCUUGUCUACAGGGACCACCUGUCCACAUAGACCAGAUUGUAUUGAUCUGUAGAGUACUGUUCUUGGGUAGUUUGACUGUACACAUGUACAUGCAUCUAAGAAAGGUCACUGCAAGUCACAUUCUUUCAUGUAUUCUUUCCACAAUGUAAUGCACCCUUGUACAGUUUUAACUUUUUGUCUAUUAAUCAUUAAAAUUAACUAAUAAACAUUAACUAGUAACAGUAACAUUAAUAGCCUAACAGAUACCCUCCAAUUUUAGUAUAAAUCGAGAAAACUUUCUUUUUAGGAAGACAAGAGCAUUAUCUGAUACUGGUGAUGUUACAUCAUGAUGCAGGACACCAAUAACUAAGAGGAAACUUUUUUCUUCUAUUGACAUAAUAUAGCAUUUGCCCAAAUUCUGUCGCAGUUUACCAGCAUUCUGUCUGACGUUCCAAGACUUCAGGAGAAUUCUGAAGAUCUGUCCAUGUCCAUUGUAACCCUUUCUUAGAUCAGACUUGUAGACAUAAAUUCAUUUGGUCAAUCUGCUUAGAAAAAAUCAAACUUUUCCAGACAUAGCAUGUCCUUCUGGAUGUGUUGCCUGUUUUCUUAUUAUGUACAUGUAAUCUAAAUCCUCACAUUAGUUACUACAUAAUACCUGUUCUAAUCUUAAUUUGAAAAAAUACAUUUUUCAACAAACAUUUCUUUUUCUAAUGGACCCCUCAAAAAUAGCACCAUCAUGAGGGUAUUCACCAUACUAGCUCUUGCGAUGUAAUAUUGCCACCACCCUAACAAUUGCUAUGUACUGUAGACUGUAUUCUUUAUGACACUCGUAUACAUGUUAAACAGAGCCUGUAAAAAUUCUGUGUCUUCUGUCAUACUUAACAUCUUGAGAGUCACAAAAAUCAGUUCUGUAACAACAGUUACCAAACUAUUUAUGUCACACAUAUGUUGCAAACAUGAAGAUAAAAUGCAGCUAUCUUCUAGAGACAUCUUUAACUCAAUACCCGGUCUGUCUUGAGCCUUAGAUUUCUUUCUGUAACAUUAUUGGUUCUUUUUGUAUUAAAUCUGCCAUUCUAAGAUCAGGAAAGUACAAUUUCAUGUCUUGCAGUUCAGAUUUUGGAUCGACAAGCAAAUUUCUGUUCUGGGAAGGACCCUAGAAAAAGCCCUGCACAACACAGCAAACAUAACUAACGUUACAACAGAAAAUAUUACUACAUUCAAUACAAAAUAUAGGUGUUUUAUGUAAUGUUGAUAGAUUGUAAACCUUCAUGUACCUGACAGAGAACUGUACUUUGCAUUGCAUUGAAAGGUGCAAAAUCUCUUCUGUUUAUAUUCAAAAUGAAAUACAUCUGUAGGAAAUAAGUACCCUGAUUUAAGUUUGUCAAAAUGUAAUCUAAGUUGACACUAAUGAUCUUUUUGCAACUUGAAAACUUCAAAGGAAAUGACCAAAACAUUGACUCUUUGAUUGUUCCUAUCCUACAUCUGGGCCAUUGAAGCCUAAAACCACACCAUUUCCUUCAAACCAACAAUGCACAAGCCAAACCCAAAGCUACAGCAUCCACUCUGAACAUGCAAUGCUGUGCACAUGCGCCCUCUAAGUUUUACUUCUGAACUGCACCCCACUGCAACCAUUUUGCCAGCUCUCCUGACACUUAACUUUGAACUAUACCAAGCUCUCCACACCAGUCACUGUAGUAACUUUCUGUUGACAGUAUCUUUGAACAAAGCCCUAUAACCUCCUUGAACCAAGGACAUUAUAGAUAAUGUCCUUUCUUGAACAAGGCUAGGGCACAACCCAGGUGAAUACAGUACAAUUGGUGCUUUAGUCAAAUCUACAGACAAAAAAGACCAAACUGGGACCACACUGCAAACUUUUAAAAUUGCAUUGUUUUUCUCAACAUACCAAAUUAUCAGUGAAAGAAUGAAAAAAAACCUUAACUUUGGACCAUUUCCAUCUUCCCCAAUACCUCAUGUAUACAA